AUGUUUAAGAAAGAGCAUUUUAAUAGGGUAAAGAAAAUAAGUGUUGACAAGAGAUGCCAGACAUUCUUUGACGAAAGAUACUCCAUCAAAGCUACUAAAAAAGUUACAUAUUAUCGUGGAAAUGAUCUUAGACCAUCUGCGGGGAUUGUGCUGAAGAAUGUCUGGAAAUCUAUGGUACGGACUCUAGAUAUCAAUGACUUAAGUACACACAAUCGACAUGUUGAUCAAAUGCAAUUACAGGAACCAGAUAAUACAGAGGUUUUAUCCACAUGA